AUGGCUCCACCCAUGGCUCCACCCAUGGCUCCACCCCACAGUCCUCAGCCCCCUCAGCCCCGGAGCGGAGGGAGGACCUAUGGGCUGGACCUAUGGGGUGGACCCGUGCUGGACCGGGCUAAAGAAAACAACGGGAAGAUGAGUAAGGCGGGUAAAGGAGAGCCCCACGUGUUCAAAGAGAAGAGCUUUAAGAAGAAGCGGCAGUGUUGUGUGUGCCGGCAGACUGUGGACAAUGUGGGCUCCUUCUGCAGAGUGUGCAAGACCGCAACACACAGAAAAUGUGAAGCUAAGAGGAGAGUGGGGUUUGCCGACAUGCUGCUGUGGUGGUGGGCCGCUGGUGUCGGUAUCCCCCAGUGGAAUGUGGUCUGCUGCUCUCACUGCCCUCUGCUCUCAAAGACGCAUUGA